UCAAUGGAACAGAUUCUGUCAAAUGUUAUGUCUGCCUGCUGAUUUGUUGUUUUACGAAAUAAAGUGAAAAAUUGUACAAAAAUGAGUGUAAAUAACCAGAGGGGACCUGUUUUUGACCCUGGACUGUGUCGGUGUUGCGGUGCGCUCAAGAAAUGCAGGUUGCUGAACGUGGAAUACGACUGGAGAGGUCAAAAAGAGGUGUACUGCGAUAUGUUUGUAGAUUGUUUUGGUUUGAUGCUAUCAAACCUCGACGGGGAACCCCUAGAGCGGCUAAUAUGUGCUACCUGUGUUUCCCGCCUCCGUGAGGCGAGCUCCUUCCGUAUACAAGUGCUGAAGUGCGAAGAAACACUGCUGCAGGCAAGGAUACAUUUGGACGAUGAAGCCACAGAAUCUGACAUCAAAAAGGAGCCAGAUGCACAAAUCAAAGUUGAAGUCCAGUUAAGCGCUGAACCGCAGCAAGAUCCGUAUCCUUAUGACGCUGAGCCACACCAUGGAGAUAGUGGGUCUGACCGUGCAUAUGAUUCACUUGACGACAACAAACCACUGUCAACAAUGAAAUCGCCCAAAAAGUCUCCCAAGCUGAAGAAAUCUUUGAAAGCAAAGAAGAAACUGAAGACUGAAAAGAAAGCUAAACGGAAGAACUCCUUGAGUCAAGAAGAGAAGGAUAGAAGGCAGAUGUUAGCUAACAUAGCUAAGAUCAGUGAACAGUUGAAGAGGAUGCAUGAAGAUGAAAUCCAACUCAAGCCGCCAAAAACGAUCGACAACGAUCACAAAUGCUUCAUGAACGCCGUCGCCAUCGUCCAAAACUCCUACGUCUGUCCGUUCGACAGUUCAUUCAGCGAUUACUACUGCGUCUACUGCCGGGGAAUGUACACAGACCCUAUUAAACUCAGAGAGCACACGCUAUCGCACGACCCGAGUGCGUUCAACGAAUAUGCUGUGACAAAGAAACAGCUCAUGCUUGAUAUUUUACGAAUAGACUGCAGAUUGUGCGAAGAAAGAAUUGACGAUAUAGACAUACUAAAAAAUCACCUGAUAACAUCCCACGAUGUGAAACUGCAUGACGUCACCAAUGAGUUCCUGAAAUUUAAGUUGACAAUUAACAAUUUGACGUGCAUAGAGUGCAAUGGGACGUUCAGUUUUUUUCAUGCGCUAAAAAAACAUAUGGCAGAACAUUUCGGCAGUUGUAUAUGUGAUGUGUGCGGUGCCCAUUAUUUUGAGGAACGGAUGCUGAGCCUUCAUAUGAGGUGUCAUCAGAAAACGGACGAAGAAUUCACUUGUGAUGAGUGCGGGAAGACGUUUAAGUCUAAACAUAGUAGGAAUCUCCACGUAGCGAGGUUGCAUAGGAAAGAAGCAGCGUAUGAGUGUAAUAAGUGUGAUGAAGUGUUUUAUUCGUAUUCGUUAAGGUAUAGACAUAUGAUAGAAGCUCACGGAGAGCGACGUAUAUUCCCGUGCGAACACUGUGAUAGGGUCUACGACAGCAGAAAGUCGUUGAGAGAACACAACCGAAGAUCUCAUUUAAAAAUUUUCCGGCACCAAUGUGAGGUCUGCGAUAAGAGGUUUUACUUGCCAUCGAGAUUAAAAGAACACAUGGCAACACACACCGGAGAGAGAAAUUUCAGGUGUGAGUUUUGUGGGAAGAGCUACCCUCGGUUACGAGGUCUGAAAGUGCACAUGCAAAGUCACAGUGCGGAGAAAAGGUAUAAGUGCACGUUAUGUUCGGCGUCGUUCACUCAGAAUGUGAAUCUGACCAGCCAUAUUAGAAGGCAGCAUCAGCCUGCGGAUAUGGAGGAAGUGUAUCACGAGUAGAGACGCUGUAUCAGAGACAGUGGCGUAACUAUAUGGUGUCAGGGCUGGCAAAAUGCCACGGGCCCCCGGCCCCCCUGAAAAUAACCAA